AUGUCUCAGCAUCCGAGCCAUGACCCAGCGGGGUCUUCAUCCGGCCAGCAGCAAAGGAACAGAGAUGGAAAGAAAGCACCACCAUUCUUCGGGAACUACAAUCACCAGGAUCCGAACUUCCUGGUUCUUGAACGGCCCUUUACGACUAGUCAUGAUGAUCCAACCAGUUCGUCGUUUGGCGGAUGGCCGAGUCAAUCAGGAGUCCAAACGCAACCCACAGCCGAUACGUCUUUGACUUUUCCGAACCAGGAUCGCUCCGGUAUGGUAGUCAGUGGCACCGGAAUGGGUAGCCUGAUUGAUGGAACAACUUCUAGCAACAGCAUUUGGCUUACGGGUGGCGUUUCCCAGGCAGCUCACCAGUCACCGGCACAAUCAGAUGUGAAAUUUGGGGACAUCCAUCCGUCAGGGGCUGGAGCAGGAAUGGGUACCGGACAAAUCGCGGGGGAUGGCCAGAACCCACACUUUCAUCAUGAGCAGGAAGGUCAACUCAACUGUCCAAGCAAUAAUGGAACUGCUGGAGAAGGCUUACCUACGGAGCCAUCUGACGUGGGAGGUCAACACGACGACAAGGCUUCUAGGGCUGAAGAAAAAGUCGACGCAACCGAACAGGAUACUCAAGGCCACCAAACCGGAGCGACAAAUGCCGGCUUGGAUAGCACCAUUCCUCAGUCUAGGCCUAGACUCUGGUAUUGUGUAAAAUGCGGCAAGGAUUUCACAAGAAAAAAUCGGCUAGCAAACCACCUAAAGUGGAAAUGUGGGAUAUGUGAUGCAGCCUACGGAUGUAAGGUUCAUUUGCGGCGUCAUUUCCAGGUGGAGCACCCCAGUCAGAGGCGAGUUUUGGUGAAUGUGACCAAGGUACUAUUUGCAUGCCGCUGGUGCAUCGCUAAACCCUGCAUGGGAUCGAGGAGCUUGUCCAUUCACACCACAAAGUAUCACUAUGUUGCUGAUGCAGUUCGCUCAGAUGCUCCCUGUGUGUGUCCGGAAGAGGGCUGUACAGAAAUCCAAGAUCCACUACCAAGGGAUACAGUAUGGAUGCACAUGAUUUCGAGGCACGACUACGUGUCUUUUGAUUGCGAUCCUCUAUGGGUACCAGAAGCACCUGACAGGAUGGGCUAUAUGUGUCCCUUCCGACACUGCUCAAGAAGAGUUUAUUCGUUGGAGGAGCUAAGAAGACACGUGAAGAGCCACGAGAGACGUCAAGCCAUCACUCAAGGGGCACAAGUGGCUCCCGUGUCACAGCCCGAAAAUUCGGACAGGCUUCGUAAUGGAGAAGAAGAUGAACGACUUGUAUCAGAUAGUGAUGGAGCAAACAACGGUCCGGAAGACGAGCCUGAGCAGCAUCCCAGCCGAGAAUUGCAACAUCAAGAGAUAGAGUCGGUCCCACUCUCUGAGUCUUCAAAUGCUGGUACCAACCAAGCAGGCACACAAGCCCAGGAGAGCACACUAGAGGGAGGACAAGCCCAGCCACAGAAGCAAGCAUCCGUCAACUCUGCGUCUACCGAGUUCAGAUGCCCAGCCUGUGGUGUAGUGCUUUCUAGCAAUGUGCUACGAUCUGAGCAUAUAGCCUGGUUGUGUUCGGCCAGCCCUCGGACCGAAAGACGUAACUCGCCAGUUGGGAAACACCUGGACUGGUGGCACGAGGGCAAGGGUCCGGUUGUCUGA